UUAAACAUUCUCACCUCAAUGACCUGAAACAAGGUUGCGAGAAGGUCUCGAGCUGAAGAAUCUAGAAGCUCUAGAAACACAAUAUAUUUAGAUCUCUUUUUCGUUUAUUGUAAAUACACUGAAGCAGAAGCUGUGGGGAAAUUGGUUUUGGCCCGUCUCAUCCUUAAAAAUUUAGGGUUUCGUAAUAUAUCUUCUACAACUCUGUCCGUUUUUCCUAGGAAAUGGCUCCCAAAGUAGUGCUGAAAAAGUCUGGGGUGGCGCUGAAGACGGCAACCACAGUAGCAAAUAAGGAGAUGGAAAAAAAGCUGGCCAAAGCUGUGAAAAUGCCAAUGGCGGCACAGAAAUCUGGAGCCUCAGGAGAGCAGAAGAAGGUGGUCCCAACUGUGGCGGAAGCGAAGGCCAAGAAUAGGAAAAGGAAGAUUAGUGGAGAGCAAAAGAAGGUGAUCCCAACAAUGGUGGAAGUAGAGGUGGAAACGAAGGCCAAGAAUAGGAAGAGGAAGAAUAGUAGAGAGUCAUACAAAUGUUAUGUCUUCAAGGUGUUGAAGCAAGUCCAUGCUGAUGUGGGGAUUUCCAGCAAGGCCAUGGCCAUCAUGGACAGCUUCAUCAAUGACUUCUUUGAUAACUUGGUGAAUGAAGCUUGGAAACUGGCCAAGCAUGCCAAAAUGAACACGAUCACAUCCAGAGAGAUUCAGGCCGCUGCAAAGCUUCUCAUUCCCGGAGAAAUGUCUAAGCAUGCCGCGUGGGAGGGUAACAAAGCCGUCGCCAAAUUCCUAGCCUAGUUUUAUACUGCCUGUUUACUUUACUGGUUACCAACAUUAUAAGUCAGUUUGACUUCAAUAGGUUUUUUUCUAUAAGUUAUAUUGCCUAUUUACUUAGUUUUCUGGUACAGGCCUUAGACACAGCGUAUUGAUUUUUCACAGCAAUUUCCAUAUAUUUUGGAAAAAUAUUAAUAUAUCUAUAAGUAUAUAUCUUUGUCAUAAGGUGUUCUAAUUUAU